GCCAGCCAGCCAGCCGCGCUGCACGCACGCACGCACGCUCCUGUGAGGCUGGCUGCAGCUGACCUCUGUGCAUCCCAUCCCAGCCCAGCCAGGACCAGCCAGCUGUCUGUCUGUCUGUGUAUGUGUGUCUGUCACCCAUUUGGUCCUGCCUGAUAUUUUCACGGAAUUAACAGCAUGGGGAGACUGGACGCUUUCCGCCAAUUGAAUUUACGCAACUGGCUCAGAGACGAACGGCGGUCGAGGAAACUUAUUCUUUUCAUUGUUUUUGUGGCUCUGUUGUUGGAUAACAUGCUGCUGACUGUGGUGGUGCCCAUCAUCCCCAGCUACCUGUACAACCUGGACGAAGCAACAGACGAGGUGUCCAAUAGCACCUUAGCACCGCUCCAGAGCACUCCGGCGGCCUUCGAUCGAAUCGUGUCCUUAUACGACAACACGGUGAGGUUGUCGGGCUCGGACGGCGCCACGACCGACGCCGUCCCGUCCGUGGCGACGACGGCCGGCGCCUGGCUGCCGCAGAACUCCUCCGACUGCCCGCUCUCCACCAAGAAGCUGAUCAACGAGAAUGUCAAAGUGGGGCUGUUGUUUGCCUCCAAGGCCACCGUGCAGCUGCUGACCAACCCCUUCAUAGGGCCGCUCACCAACAGGAUUGGAUACCAGCUCCCCAUAUUCAUUGGCUUCUGUAUCAUGUUCAUGUCUACAAUUAUGUUCGCCUUCUCAUCGAGCUACGCUCUGCUGUUUCUGGCCAGAUCACUUCAAGGUGUGGGCUCCUCCUGCUCAUCUGUUGCCGGGAUGGGAAUGCUUGCAAGUGUGUACACAGAUGAUGAAGAGAGAGGACAUGCAAUAGGGAUUGCCCUUGGGGGUCUGGCGAUGGGAGUCUUAGUUGGACCUCCAUUUGGAAGCAUCAUGUACGAGUUUGUCGGAAAGACUGCUCCGUUCCUCAUUCUGGCUUUCCUGGCUCUGUUUGACGGAGCGUUGCAGCUUUUUAUACUUCAGCCCACCAAAGUAGAACCAGAAAGUCAGAAGGGGACACCAUUGUUGACCCUGAUGAAGGAUCCGUACAUUGUUAUUGCAGCUGGUGCUAUUUGUUUUGGGAACAUGGGCAUUGCCAUGCUGGAGCCCACACUGCCAAUCUGGAUGAUGGAAACCAUGUGUGCCAGGAAAUGGCAGCUCGGAGUGGCUUUCUUACCUGCAUCCAUCUCCUACCUUAUUGGAACCUACAUCUUUGGAACGCUGGCACACAAGAUGGGCAGAUGGCUUUGUGCCCUUAUUGGCAUGGUGGUGGUUGGCAUCUGUAUAAUAGGGGUUCCAUUUGCAAAAAACAUCUAUGGUCUGAUUCUCCCAAACUUUGGGGUUGGCUUUGCCAUCGGCAUGGUGGACUCUUCUAUGAUGCCUAUAAUGGGAUACUUGGUGGACUUGCGCCACGUGUCGGUUUAUGGAAGUGUGUAUGCCAUUGCUGAUGUGGCCUUUUGCAUGGGAUUUGCUUUAGGUCCAUCUAUCGGAGGAUCCAUUGCCCAAAGUAUUGGCUUCCCUUGGUUGAUGACCAUUAUUGGAAUAGUGGACAUUUUAUUUGCUCCCCUUUGCCUCUUUCUCAGGAACCCACCCGGACAAGAGGAAAAAAUGGCUAUUUUGAUGGAGACCAACUGUUCGAUGAAGACAAGGUCCUACUCCACGCAGGGAAAUUACUAUCAAGGUGAAAACAUGGAUCCCGAUUAUGAUGACGAUUACGACUAAGAGAAAGGAAACUAGCCAUGGGUCAAAGGGUUCAAAGGAUCUAUUUUCUUGUAUAAAACUAAAGAAGAGAGAAAAACAAAGUAGUCAAGAUGUGAAUAUGGUUUGCGUCUUCUCUAUUCAUCGUCUUAUUCGCGCUUGUACCGAGACAAACCAAAGUUGAUCUUGAUCUGUGUUCGAAAGCACACCGUGCGAGAGCCAACAAACAGCCUUAUUUGCUAUUGACCGUCGUUUUUUUUUCUUCUUCUUCUUCCAAAAAGCACUUUGUAGACAGCAGAAGGGAAAAUGUUGACGAAACAUUUCACCAAAUUCAGUCUGUUUGAUGUCACGCAAAGCCUUUUUUUUUCGUCCUGUUUUUCCAAUACAUCCGACUUGUAUGUGAUGUUUUUCCCUCGUGCCUAAAUCGCUUCAAAUUGUGGAUGAUGCUGUCAAUGACGUACCUAUGCUAUGUGACCUACUUAACGGGCCAGUGCAGUCACACUACUGAGUGGAGGCUCAAACCCAACGUGUGCUCAAUUUGUUACUGUUUGAAUCCUAAUUGUAGAAUGUGAGAAAUAAAAGUCAAAACUAAAUUAU